CCGAACGAAUCCGAAGGUGGCCGAAAAAAUGCACAUUGCACUCGUUCCUCUUAAAACGUACUGCUAUGAUAAUGAUUAUAAUUCAAAAACUGAAAAAUUUUAUUCAGCUUCAGACUCAGUUAAGCUUCAGCUUUAAAUUUUGUUUCUAAUUGAUCUCUAUGUACUUCAAGUAAAUACUUAAUCAUGACAAAUUUUGAUGCCGAACUUGCUGAUCCGAACAAAUGGACAGUGGAAGAUGAAGUACAUCUUCUGUACAGUACUCUUGACAAUAAACCAGUUGGAGUCGAUAAACAUUUUCAAAUGUCCAUAAUCUGGGAUAAGUUCACUUCAUCUUCGAAGAAAUCCGUUAAUUCAGACGUCAUAUGGAGGAAGUUGAAUUCUUGGUAUAAUUUGAAAAGCUUGGACGAUAAUGAACUGCUUCCGUUCAAGAACGGCGAAGAAGAAUUCAAACUACCAGUCGAACUAAUACCGGAAUCAUACGUGAAAAGUUUAACCGACGACGAGAAGAAAAGCGUAGAUGUUUCUGGAUUGUAUAGAAAAUAUAUCAGCUGUAUUGACGAAACCGACGACGAAGAUUCAGAUUCUAAACCACCGUUUAAAUUGAAAGGUAACGAGAAACUGAAAUGGUUCGAGAACCCGCAGUACAAAAGCGUCGAUCGUGCAAGAAUUGAUACCAAACAGAGGCCAGAUAAUGGUGAUUUGAACGAAAGUAUUGUACGAAAAUACGGCGACGAUACGGAAAAUAAGAAAGUUAUCAGACAAUAUGGCAAAGCCGGUGAAGUUUCAUCAGGCACCAUUGUUACCCUUAAUUUCCCAUCAUCGGAUAACGACGACAAUUUCGAUAGUGCGAAUGAUGCUGCAAAAGAAGAUACACCCGAAGUGAGGAAUCCUCCACCGCAGCCUAGUGAACUGAAGAAUGUCAGUAAUAGUGAUCAAGUUGUCAAGAUCAAAAGAACCAGAAGUAAUAAAUUCGCGAAAGCCGAGCCGGUCGUUAGUUCCGAUGCAGAAAACUCGAAUACUGGAAAAGCUUCGCCAAAAAUAACACCUGCAGCCAGCGAACUUACGCCUUCUACUGCUACUCGUUCUCGAAAAGCGUCUAUAGUAUCUCAAGAAACACCUACGACUACGAAUACUGAAGCUGAGAAAGUGAAAUCACCUACGAGAUCAUCGGGUGAUGAAAAAUCCGCGGUGAAGAGAAGAUUUUCUCAAAGGUGUUCGUCUACUUCGGAAAGCAAGCCUGAUUCGUCUGUGAAUGUGAAACCUGAUUCUAGUAAAAUUGAAACUAUAAAACGAAAAAGCGUCGCUAGACGGUAAUCAGUUCCUACGUGAUGAUUUGUCUUUAUUUAAAAUUAUUAUUCGAUGUGUCUCUAUGUAGCAUAAAUAUCAGUAAUUGUUUUUUUAUUAUUGUUAUUUAAUUCAGUGUAUAGAUUAACUAUUAUUAUUAUUCUUGUGAUUUGUUCUAAAGUUGAAUACAUAUUUUGAUAUUUUCGAAA